CCAACCUUCUCAUAAAGCACCCGUAGCGCGAAACAGACCCGCGCGACACACUGAACCCCUUCUAGAGAAGGAAAGCAGGUGCCAAGGCACCGCGGAGACGGGCCUGAGCCCGCACACGGAACCGGCGGGUCGGCCACCGCCUGGGGGGCGGGGCCUGGCGGUGACUCACGACCAUCGAGACGCAUCUCCGAAACCUCCCAACGUCCUAGAGAGGAAACGGAAGUGGCCUAUCUUUCCCCGCGCACCUGUCUGGCAGCCUCCGCCACCCACUUCCGGUUCGCGGAACGUUCAGGAGAGGUCGGCUCAGGUGUGGGUCCUCGUGGGAGGGGACCGGGGUUCCGGGCGGCGGCGGGCGGCCGAGGGUGGCGACAGACGGGCAGCAAGGCCGGCUGUGGUGUCGCUGCGACACCGUGGCCCUACGGGCCGGGUCUCGACGUACCGCAUCGCGUCGCAUCGCGAUAACUCAGUCUUCUGUGAGAGAGAGUGAAGAUGCUUAAAGAGCGCCCAGGGAUGGCAGAAGAGCCUCAGCAGCACAUGGGGGUUCCUGUGGUGAAGCUGGAGAAGGAGCUGCCCUGGGGCAGGGCAAGGGAAGACUCUAGUCCUGAGACCUUUCGGUUGAGGUUUCGCCAGUUUCGCUACCAGGAGGCAGCUGGUCCCCAAGAAGCCCUCAGGGAGCUCCAGGAGCUCUGUCGAAGGUGGCUCAGGCCGGAGCUGCACACCAAGGAACAGAUCCUGGAGCUGCUGGUGCUGGAGCAGUUCCUGACCAUCCUGCCCCGGGAGUUCUACACCUGGAUUCGGGAGCACAGCCUGGAGAGUGGCAAGGCACUGGUGGCCAUGGUGGAGGACUUGACAGAGAGUGCGCUGGAGGCCAAGGCGGUUCCAUGUCAUGUGCAGGGAGAACAGCAAGAGACAGCCCUUGGCCAAGGCUCUUGGGAGCCAGGGGUCCAUCUGGGGCCAGUGGAGGUUAAGCCUGAGUGGGGGAUGCCCCAUGCAGAAGGUGUUCAAGGCCUAGACCAAAGCGCCGAGGAACAGCUGAGUCAGCAUCGUGGGGACCGGGCGCAGGCCUUCCCGGAACAAGCACUGCCUAUCCUCCCACCAGGUCCAUCUCUCCCCACAGUGAGCGCCAGAGAACAAGAUAUGGCAGCUGGGUUCCUUACAGCAGGAUCCCAGGGGUUGGGACCAUUUAAAGACAUGGCCCUGGUCUUCCCUGAAGAGGAGUGGAGGCAUGUAACCCCAGCCCAGAUCGAUUGCUUUGGGGAGUAUGUGGAACCACAGGACUGCGGGGGCCCUCCAGGUGCAGGGAGCAAGGACAAGGAUGCAAAACCCCAUGAGGAGGACCUGAAAGGGACGUUCAGUGGACUGGCUUCUGAGAGGUUUGCAGAAGCUGCCGUCCAGGGGCCUGGCCCGGGACGAGCCUGUGAGCAGGAGCCUGGGGGCCCUGCAGGUGACCUGCCUGGGCUUCCGGUCCCCCAGCAUGGCAUCCCCUUGCCUGACACAUCCCACAUCCACAGCUCAUGGAAGCCUUUCCAGUGUCCUGAGUGUGGGAAAGGCUUCAGUCGGAGCUCCAACUUGGUCCGCCACCAGCGGACCCAUGAGGAGGAGAAGGCCUUUGGCUGCAUGGAGUGUGGGAAGGGCUUCACUUUGCGGGAGUACCUCACCAAGCACCAGCGCACCCACCUGGGGAAGCGGCCCUACGUGUGCAGCGAAUGCUGGAAGACUUUCAGCCAGAGGCACCACCUUGAGGUGCACCAGCGGAGCCACACGGGUGAGAAGCCCUACAAGUGUGCUGACUGCUGGAAGAGCUUCAGCCGCCGACAGCACCUACAGGUGCACCGCAGGACACACACCGGCGAGAAGCCCUACACCUGUGAGUGUGGCAAGAGCUUCAGCAGGAAUGCCAACCUGGCCGUGCACAGGCGGGCCCACACCGGUGAGAAGCCUUAUGGCUGCCAGGUGUGCGGGAAGCGCUUCAGCAAGGGCGAGCGCCUGGUCCGCCACCAGAGGAUCCACACCGGGGAGAAGCCCUACCACUGCCCAGCCUGUGGGCGCAGCUUCAACCAGAGGUCCAUCCUCAACCGGCACCAGAAGACCCAGCAUCGCCAGGAGCCCCCAGUACAGUGAGAUCCCCGCCUGACUGGCUGGGGGGUGUGGGGAGGGUCACGCAGGCCCUCCAGCCUAUCCUUUCCACUGACCGAGUGCUUCCCUUGGCAUGCAGGGCAGCUCUAGGGCACUUUGGCAUUCCUCGGCAGCACCAGUGCCCUCUGUCACGUGGUCAGCAGCCUGGUGCUCAUUUUCCCCAGAGCCCAGUGCUGCUCAAAGAUCAUCAGCUCAGACCCCCUCCCUCCCCUUUCACAAAUAUUUAUUGAACACCUCCUGUGCUCCAGGCAUGGUGUGCCAUGCCCUGUCACAGGCCUAUUCUGCCAGCCUCUUGACUGUUCCUCCUUGAAACUAGCUUAUUUUCUUCUUGCCUCCUGUCUCUGGCUGUAACAUUCUGCGCUCUGUAACAUUUCCCCAUUCCCAUUUUCCCUGCACUGUAACAACAGCUAUUAGGAAAUUAAUAUUUUGCUAUCACUCACUGAAUAAACAUGAGAGUAUUUUUUUAAAAAAUUCAGAGAUCUGCCUAGAAUCUGGAAGAUGAACUAGUAUUAAUGCUGUAUAUUAGAUGGCACUUCCGUCUAUAAAAUGCUUUUUUCUGUGUUCCUUGAUUUGUUCCUAUUUACUGAGGCCCUGCCAUGUGCCAGUAACUUCUGGUGGCUUGGGGAAUAACACUGGGAGAAAACAUCUCUGACUCAAGUUUACUUGGGAAAUGUGUUUGAUCCUCAGCAACCGUGGGUACUCCUGGGAGUCUUCUGGGCCUGGGCAGGUGUUCUUGGUCCCUUCCACCUCUGCUGAAUUGCAUUCUCUACCUACCUCUUGUCGAUGAACUGUCCUCCAUAUUUCUAGGCCCCUGUCGCCCAAGUCCUAGGGGUCCUGGAUGACUGGAGGGGUGACGAGGUAGUACCUGCUUGGCACGUGUGCUGAUUCAAGAAAAUGUUUGUAGGUAUUAAAAACAAUGUGUUUCUUUACAAAUGAAAGUCUGUGUAUUUGUAACUCUGUGAACUUUUUUAUUCCACUAUUACCAAAGUGUUUUCUUGCUGUUAGGAUUCCAGGAACUACAUAACUAGUGUGAAUGCUGUAUAAUGUAUGCCGUGUGUUCCCACACUGGCUGCUCAGUAAAUUUGUCUUUGGCCAGUUGUGUACUGUUGUAAUUGUGAGCUGUGGUAUGUCCUUAGGCAGAGGCCACUUUUGGAACACAAGAUUUCAGCACUUGUUUCUUUUAGGCAACUAUGAGAGUUUCAUUUUCAUGGAGCCAGUGGGGCUCCUGGUUCAUCAGCUGUGGGUGAGGUGGCACCCAUCAAGGCAGGAGUGCUAUCUGCUUACCUGAGACAUCCACCCAAGGAGUUACUGCUCCUCCUAGGCCAUACCUAGGUCCCUAUACAAUAUCUGUGCCCUUCCUUCUAUGUCCCCCACUUCUCAGAUGCUUAGGUAAGGCUGAUGGCCCCCUGCCAGCCAGAUCCAGUGGUAAGUUUCUGAUGUGGGGCCAACUGGCAUUCAGUGUGGACUUAGGAGAUCUGUUUCCCAUAGCUGUUAGGGGCUAUAGCUGUCAAUGGUCUGUGUGUUUACCUGAGUAAAAAAAAAAAAAAAUGUACUGGGGAUCAAACCUGGAGUAUUGCACCUGCUAGGCAAGCAUGAUGUCACUGAGCUACAUCCCAGCUACUAAGUUAAAAUUUUGAUUUGACCUGGAUGCUGGUUGGUGGCCCAUACCUGUAAUCCUAGCUACUCAGGAGGCUGAGAUCUGAGGAUGGCUGUUCAAAGCCAGCCUGGGCAGGAAAAUCCAUGAGUCUUUUAUCUCCAA